UAGUACAUUCUCACAAAAUCACCUCUUUACACGAAACAAAACCCUUCAAAAUGGCCAUGGGUGCUGGGAUGUCUUUUGAAAUGGUCUUGGUUGAUGCUGAUGUAAAAAUCAGAAGUAUUUCAAACUCUUUUGAUGCUUCUGACCUUUUGAUCAACCCUGUCUUGACAGAGGUGGAUGAUUUUAGGCAAAUGCUUCCUUCUGAUGGACUUGCAUUGACAAUAAUGGAACCUAAACCUAGAUUCCAGCCUCUCAAGGUGCGUGAAGAGAGAUCCAAACAAUUCCCAAGGAAGACUAUUGCUGAGCUAAAGGCCUCUCUCGAGAUAAUUUGGAGGUGUGACAAAUGUAAUACAAACGUCUCCUCUGUUGAAGCAAGGUACUGGCUGCAUCUAGACGUUAUGGAUAACACAGGGGAGAGCAAACUUAUGUUGUUUGAUAGUUUUGUUGAACAAAUCAUAGGUAUUCCAGCUUGUGAUCUCGUGGAUCCCACAACUGAAGAGCUUGAUGAUCCCCUGCCACUCCCUGAUGUUGUGAAAAACAUCAUUGGUAAAACAUACCAGUUUGCUCUUUGUGUUGAGCAAGAUAAUAUCUCAAGAGGAAAUGAUGAAUACAAAGUUUCUGAGGUUUUAACAAGUCAGAACCUUAAUCACCCUGCCCUUGAACCUGAAGUUGAUUAUCCUGUUGAUCUUUCGUCCAUGAGUUCCAGUGACCAGGAACAUGAUCAGCCUAAGUUCAUACACAAACUUGAUGAGGCAGGUCAAGAAGCCAUCAACAAAGUAAGUGAAGCAGAACAGAAGAAAGUUCUUUUGAAGAAGAUUAAGGUUGAGAAGCUCGAAGGCCAGAAGGGAGCAAAGUGAGUUGAGUGAAGACUCAUCAAUCUAAAAUAAUGUUGAUCUCAUGGA